ACCCUGCAGUUUGUUUUAUAAACAAGAGAGGACAAGCUCUUGUUGGAAUCCUCAGUGUCUCAGUGAAAAGCCCCAUUUUCCGGGCAAAAUGGACUACAACACUAACAAAUUGUGUCGGGUUUGCCUCGAAGAGGGUGUCCUUACGUCUAUCUUUAACACAGAAUUCUCCAUGACGCCUUCGGAGAUGAUUCAAAUGUGUGCAAAAGUUAAGAUCUUCAAGAACGACGGAAUGCCUGCAGUGAUCUGCAACAAUUGUAUCUACCGUCUGGGAGUAGCCUAUCACUUCAAGCAGCAAUGUGAGAAUUCCGACAUCCGGCUGAGGCAGUAUUUGGGGCUGAUGGACAAGGCUUAUGGCACGAGGGAUGCCGAAGUGAACACAGAUGUGCCAUAUCCCCAGCUCAAAGCCAAGAAGGAAGAAACUGUGGAGACCGAGAAGAAGGUGAAGAAGACAAAACCAAAGAGUCAGAGGUACAAGAGAAAAUUGCCCAAUGAACGAAAGAAGAGGGGCCCUAAGCCCACUCCUAAGGUGCCCCAAACUUGCUAUGAGUGCAACAAGACUUUCAAGUGCUCAGCCCAGCUGCAAAUGCAUGUCCGGACACACACUGGAGAACGCCCCUUUGCAUGCAGCUACUGCCCUCGGCGUUUUGCCCAGAAGCACAAUCUGCAAAUCCACACACGAACUCACACAGGAGAGAAGCCAUUCUGCUGUGAAAUUUGCAGUAAGCAAUUUUCAGCUCUGGGCAAUUUCCAGGCCCACAAAAAAAUCCACACGGGAGUCCGUGAUCAAAUCUGUCCGGUGUGCAACAAAGGCUUCAUCACAUCUGGUGAUUUGGCAAGGCACAUGAUAACGCACACGGGCAUUAAGAAUCACCAUUGCGACACGUGUGGGAAGUCCUUCAGUCGCAAUCGUGAUAUGGUGGCCCAUAAGAAGAAAAUCCACCUCAAUGAACGGUCAGGGGAGAAUUUCAAGUGUCCUGAAUGUCAUAAGGUCUUCCCGACAGCACUGAGUCUCAGUACGCAUUUCCGAACUCACGGGAAUGCGUCAAUUGUCCAAGCACCGCCCCUUGUGGCGGCACCACCACCUCCUCCGCCCCCAAUUGCGGCCCCCACGGCCAUUGGAGGAAGCCUAGGACCCCCAGCACUUGGAAUAGGACUGCCACCGGCUGGACUUGGAAUGCUGUCGCAUACGCAAGGGACACUCACGAUGAUGCACAACAUGCCGCAGAGGCUUCAUCCUUACUAGGAACUUUGGAGUAGAAUUUUAGCGGUUUUCUCUGUGAAUCUCAUGGAUUAUCGGCAAGAAGCUUGUUCUGAUCGCUACUUUGAGUUUUUCUUAGACAGAAGAAAAACUCAGAAGAAAAGUCAUUAUUCCAAUAUGUAAUUACCAGGAAAAUAAACGAAAGAAACUUGUGUACACUAUUAGGAAAACAGAAAAGAUCUUAUUAGUAAAUUUCGUUUUUCCUAAGUUCUUUGCAGCAUUCCUACAUCACGGCUAAAACUCUAUCUAUAAAAAUUACGUAGUCUUUUUUACUUGCAGUAGAUCAUAAAAUUAAAAAAAAAAUGAAAUAAAAUCGUUUUUUAACUGUUAAUUUUGAAAAAUACGAUAAUGAAGUUGUGCAAAUUUGUACCCGACUAAUCUCAAGUAGUAAAAAAAAAUUAUAUACAUACAGUGGUGGCGAAAAUAAUAGGACCACUACUGAUAAUCCUACUUUUCUAACUUUUAUAACUUUUUGUUACAAUGCGUUGAAAUAAUUUUGAUGUAGAAAUGUUCAAUAAAUAAUAUCCAUACGUCGAUAUGUCGAAUAAA